AUGGCCAUUUACAAGCGCAUGGCGACCGGCGACGCGCUGGCGCAGCAGCUGGAGGACGUGCCUUUUGAUGCGCGGCGCAACCUGCUGACCUGCGCUUAUGGGGCCGCGUUCAUAGGGCCCGUUGGGCACGCAUGGUACAUGGCAUUGGACAGGGCGGCGCGUGCGCUGCUGACACCCGGGAGCUUUGCGUUUGUCGGCGGCAAGGUGAUCGCCGACACCGCCCUCUUCGGCCCCCUGCACGUCGCCGGCUACUUCACCCACAUGGCGCUCUGCGAGGGCGGUGGCCCGGAGGAAGUCAUGAGGAAGCUGCGGCGCGACUUCUGGCCGACCUUCAGCGCGGAGCUGACCGUGUGGCCGGUGGUCCAGGCCGCAAACUUCAAGCUCGUGCCUGUUCAGUUCCAGCUGCUGGUCGUGAACCUGUUCACCAUACUGGACUCGUGUUUCAUGAGCUUUGCGCGCGCGAACGAUGGCUGGUUCGAGCGGCUGUUCCCAGACCUGGCGGCGCGGCUCGGCGUGGAGGCGCCGCCAGCGGCAGCGGCAGCGGCGGCGGCGGCAGCGGCAGAUGUGAGCGUCGCGGGCGGCGGCAGCACGAAAGAGAAGAAAGAGAGCUAG